UNUUGAAGGUUAGAGUUUUCAGCUCCUGCACAGUUACACGCAUCGGAUCUCUUUUUAGUCCAACAAGUUACAUGGUUGAGCUAGACAUACCAGUUCCUACUGCUUUUGAUCCAUUUGCCGAAGCCAUAGAGUCCGGUACCCCCGGGGCAAAGGAGUAUGUGCACAUAAGGAUACAACAGAGGAACGGAAAGAAAAGCCUGACUACAGUCCAGGGACUGAGGAAGGAAUUCAGAUACGAGAAGAUCCUCAAAGACCUCAAGAAGGAGUUCUGCUGCAACGGUAAUGUUGUGCAAGACAAAGAGCUCGGGAAGGUGAUCCAGCUCCAGGGCGAUCAACGCAAGAAUGUUUCACAGUUUUUGGUUAGUGCUGGACUUGUGAAGAAGGAUCAGGUCAAGAUUCAUGGUUUCUAAGCCUUCGUAAUUCUUAUUAAUAGCUAAUAUAUUGUGUACUGUGAGUGGUUUGUAGUUAGUAAAGAAGCCUAUUAUUAUAUUCAUGUGUGUCUUGAGGACAACUGUUUUGGUUUUCCUGAGUUAUUUUCUAUCCUUUGAUCAUCAGUUCAUCUCAUGGGUUAUACAGUAGAUUGUAAUUGCUCCUUUAUUAAUAAAGUUUAUAUCUAUUUAGCCAAAA